AUGCCAUCAAACAAAAAGAAUCAUCAAAUCAGUUCAAAUAGCAAAUCAAACAAGAAUACCCAAUCGUCAACAACAACAACAACAACCCCAACUACAAACAUCCAAUCAACCACCAAAAGAAGUUCAUUACCAAUCACUAAAUAUUUCUCAAUCGUACCACUUCAUCUUUUAUUCACCUUUUAUUCAAUUCAUAUCUUACCAUCUCAAUCAUUAUUAACAAGUACAACAACACACUCAAAUCCAACAGAAAAAUCAAUCAAUUUAAAGAAUUUUAAAUGGUUUGAACCUUUAAUUGAAAACCCGAUCAGAUCAUUAAGUUUUAUAAAUUUAGGUUUAUUAUUUGUUCAAAUAUGGUUUGCUAGUUCAUUAAGAAAUUGGAAAAGGAAUAGUACUACGAUUAGAAAGAAUGAUAGUAGUAAUACUGAUUCAAAUUCGAAUGAAAACAAAAGGAAAAAGAAGUUGGGUUUAGAGGUUUUUUGGAAAGUUUUUGAUGAUGUUAAGAAUAAGAGAUUUGACCCUGUGGCUAGGAGAACGAUUUUAGAAUUAAUAAUUCCAAUACAAGAUGCAUUAAUUAUAACGAUUUUAUUUUCAUUUAUUAUUCAUUUGAUGAUCAUUUUAAUUGGAGCUCCGAUUUUGAAAAACGUCAUCAAAACUUAUGGUUUAUCUUUAAUGAUUUCGAUUUUAUCUAUCUUACCUUCUGCACUGGUGAUUGGUUGGAAUCAAGGUCGUGAAAAGAUGACUUGGAUUCGAAUCUUUUCUGAAUUUGAACCUAAAAAUGAAUUAGAAAUCGUUUUGAUGUGGCCAGCUAUUGGAACUUGUAUAGGUACUUGGUUAGGAGGAAUUCCAAUUCCAUUAGAUUGGGAUAGACAAUGGCAGACAUGGCCAAUUACUUGUGUUUUUGGUGCUUCUAUUGGUCAUUUUUUGGGUACAGUGAUAGCUAUGGUAUUAGUUGCAAUCAGAGCACCCCUGACCAAUUGAUCUGAAUCAGACAAAAACAUCUUUCAAUUUGAUUCAUGGUGGGUUAUGUGAUCUAUGGUUUGAUUCGAUACAACUUUUCUCUUUAAUUCCUGACACCUAGGAAAGAAGUUGAUACAAUACCAUUAAUGUUGUGAUAUUUUUCAUGUUCUCUUGGACUAUCAUGGGCCAAGAAGUAGAUAUUGAGAAAGUUUCACUUAUCCGCAGUUUAGACUUACAUAUCCUAUUUCUUUUCAGACCUAGGUUGAGAUAGGGACUACAGGGACAACAUAUUAUAUCGUGGAAUCAAGUGGAUCAUCUAAUAUCUAAAUUAAAUACACUUCGUCAUGUUGCUAAAUGCAGAAGAUCUCAUGAAAAUUCCUUGAAAUGUGUGAUAAACCAAUAUGGUUUGGAGUUCACGCUC